AUGGCCCCGAACAAGGUGGAAACAAUCCUAACCACUCCGUUUGACGGUCAGAAACCAGGGACCUCUGGCCUCCGAAAACCCGUGGGUGUCUUCCAGCAGCCUCACUACUCGGAGAAUUUCAUCCAAGCAAGUCUUCUGGCUGGGCUGGGUGUUAAGCUGAACGGGUCGAGCUUGGCAGUCGGAGGAGACGGUCGAUUCUUUUGCAGAGAGGCGGUCCAUUUAGUCAUUAAAAUGGCAGCAGCCAAUGGGGUUUCCAAAAUCGUCCUUGGCCAGAAUGGUAUCCUGUCCACACCAGCCUGCUCACACAUUAUCCGCAAAUGGGAGCUGAAUGGAGGCUUCAUCCUGACAGCAGGUCACAACCCUGGCGGCUCCAAGGGAGACUUUGGAAUCAAGUUUAAUAUUGAAAAUGGUGGCCCAGCACCAGAAUGCAUCACAGACAAAAUUUAUGAGUUGACAACAACCCUUACAGAGUACAAGAUUGUUCCAAAGUUAAAAGUUGACAUCACUAAGGUGGGCACUUCCACCUUCAAAGUAGCAGGACGAGAAUUUACGGUAGAAGUCAUUGAAAUCACUGCUGAUUAUCUUCAACUCAUGAGAGAAAUAUAUGAUUUUGAUGCUAUCAGGUCAUUUCUGAAAGGCCAGCGUGUCAUUCUGAAUGGAAUGAAUGGAGUCACAGGACCAUAUCUACAACGGAUUUUUGUUGAAGAAAUGGGCGUGCCAUCAGAAAGUUGUAUAAACUGUGAGCCACUCCCAGACUUUGGAGGCAGAAAACCCGAUCCCAAUUUAACAUAUGCUAGUGAUUUAGUUGCAGUCAUGAAGAAGGGAGACCAUGACUUUGCUGCAGCAUUUAAUGGAGAUGGGAAUCGCUACAUGAUCUUAGGUCACAGGGGAUUUUACGUCAAUCCGUGUGAUUCCCUGGCAGUUUUGGCAUCAAAGCUGGAAUAUAUCCCCUACUUCAAACAGCGAGGCGUCAAAGGCUUUGCUCGUAGCAUGCCCACAUCUGAAGCACUUGACAGGGUGGCAUUACAUUUGGGAAAAGAAUGUUACCAGACUCCUACAGGGUGGAAGUUUUUUGGUAAUCUCAUGGAUUCUGGCAAGAUUAAUUUGUGUGGAGAGGAAAGCUUUGGUUUAGGCUCUGAUCAUAUCAGGGAGAAUGAUGGUAUCUGGGCAGUACUGGCUUGGCUGUCUGUAAUGGCCUGUACCCAGAAGUCUGUUGCUCAGAUCCUAAUGGAACACUGGCUGGUACAUGGCAGGAACUUCUUUACAAGAUAUGAUUAUGAGAAUGUUUCAGUGGAAGCUGCAGAUAAAAUGGUGGAAGGUCUCACAAAGCUCAUCGAAGACCCCAAAACCAAGGGGAUGACCUUCUCAGACCCCACAGGCCGAUCUUAUAAAAUGUCGUACUUGGACAAUUUUGAAUACGAAGAUCCCACUGAUCAUAGCACAAGUAAGAACCAGGGUAUACGUUUUCUGUUUGAAGAUGGUUCACGGAUAAUCUACCGCCUGAGUGGGACUGUCAGUUCUGGCGCUACCAUCCACAUCUAUGUGGAGGGCUAUGAGAGAAAUGAAAAUGCACAGUUUUACAAGCAAGAUCCUCAGGAAGUUCUGAAGCCACUUGUGACCAUUGCUCUCCGGACUUCUAAACUGAAAGAGCUGACAGGCCGGGAUGUUCCCACAGUUAUCACAUAG